GAUUAUUAAUGGCUAUAUCACUUCUAUCUAACGGUCAAAUAGAAGUUUUUCAUUCCCUACACAAUAUUAUGUAAAAUGUAAUUUGGUGUCUAGUAGAAAAUAAACAAUAUAUUAUAAUCUAAAUAAUAUGUUUUAUUUCACACACAGCAACAUUGGUGUCGGUGUAAAAAUAAGCCUUAAAAUAAAUAAAUACGUAACCCGUCGUUAUUAAAAAUAAUAGGAAUUUUCAAUCAGUAGCUCUGACAUGAAGUUUCAUGUUUCUAAUUUCCAAAACGACGGACUCCCAUACAAAAUAUUACCUACCCUAUGAUGCUAGAAAGUAUAUGACAGUAUAUCGAAGUAUUUAUGUUAAACUGGUGUUGUUUUUGUUAGGUACGACAGCUGUGGGUCGCGGUCGCGAGCAUCGAGUUACAGCAGAGCUUCCUCUCGGACGCCUCGUUAUCCUGCUCUCGAUCCUUAUGAAGGGGCUGAUUACAAUGCGGAACGGAGGUACAGGUAUGGUGUAUGCCGUAAGAACGGCUUUCUGAUUAGAGCACGACAGAGCAUUAUUAAUUUUUUAUAUUGUAUGACUCACAGGGUUUACGAAGAAUUGGGAUCCAGCCCGCAGGCAGAAGACACUCCUUUCGAGGAUCGGUUACAAUCGGUCGUCGUUUCUCCUCAUCGUGCUAGGCGUCAUCGACGCGACUCUAGUCCCGAGGAUCGUAAACAUUCAAAGGAACGUCAUCGAAGCGUCGGUGGAAGCUCUGUAGUAGAAUGCGCAGGGGCAGCGCGCCGAUCGAGGUCUGGAUCGCGGGGAGGCGAAAGACAUACGGGGCGCAGGCGGCACCGGCGACGGCGUGACGGCUCUGGAUCUCGUGCUGGAACGCCGCUACGAGAUGAGCCUGAUGCGCCGCCUACUGAACCUCGUCGCCCGCCACGCGAGCGCCCACCCCUUCCUAUGAGCCUUCCAUUACCUAAGUUUGCCGUACAGCUGCUACGACAAGCGCCACAAACGCCUCGCCCUACACCUGCACCGGCGCCGGCCCCCGACUCACCGCCGCGCCCACCCUCCGUCUCCUCAUCUAGCGGUGGUUCCGCGCCGCACUCGCCGUCCCUUGAGGAGCGAAUCCGAAGCCUCGACGAGAAAUAUGAGAGAUGGAGCGGUGGAUCCCGGAUUCCACCGCCGGAUCCCCCUCGCCCAAAACAUCGGCUUCUCGACGUGGAUAUCAACGAGGUGAAACCCUCCGAAGUUGUAAGAUCAUUGCUAGCCAAACGAUCCGUAUUUGAUGAGGAUUCAGAGCGUCUGGAGAGUGUGGUACGUGCUCCGAGCCCGGUUGGAAGUCCUCGUGCACGCGUUACGCCCCUUACGCCGCGUGUUCUCCGCUACCCGUUUCCCGCGCAUCCAGCGUCGCUUAUUCAGUCGCCGGCAACCGUGCCUUCGCUGCAGCCCGAUGGCGAAGUGGAUAUGGGCGAUCGCUUCAAUGAUCCGCGUCUCAAUCGGGGUGCCUUUUCUGUUGAUAGAUGUGCGAAGUUUGAUGAGAUAGAUUUCAGACAUGAGUCGCGUAUUCGUCCGAGGACGCCUUCAACAGACCGAUCGCAAUCUGAUUUGAACGAAAGAAGAUCACCGAAGAUCGAAGCGGAAACUGAAUCUGAACCAAGAACACCAAACGAGAGAAGAAGACGAGAUUCUCUCUAUGGAAACAGUAAAAUUUCUACAGAGCCAGCCGCCGAGACUGAAACUGGACCCUCUCGUUUGGAGUUGAUUGAAUUUGACUAUCGUGCUAGAGAUAAGAGUAAAACGUUAAUUUCAGAGCGACGUCAAUCUAUUGGGAGGGGUCAAGAGUUGACUGCAGAUAAGACUGUACCCAGUUCUUCCGAUCGAAAAGAUGUUUUUCCCCACGAUGACGAUAAACGAAGUGAAAUAAUGAAAGCUAACCGCAAUGAAGACAAAACUGUACGUGACAGCGCGGAUUCUUUUUUGAAGCGUAUCGGGAAUAUGCAUGAAAUGAUUAAAUCAGAAUGUUCGAUAGACAGAAAAAGUAAAUCGAAUGAUGAAUAUGGAAUUAAAUCUGAAUUACCCGCUCACAUUGAUGAAGAAAUCAAGUCUACUUUGGACAUCGAAAUAAAACUAGAAAAUGUUAGUUCCCAGUCUAUAAAUGAUUCUGAAAAGGUAAAAGAAUUAUUUAACCCUAAUCACGUAAAAAAAGAAGUAAAGGAAAUAGAACCUCAGUCCAAUCAUAUUAAUUCUUAUGCUUUAGUCAAAUCGACUAAGGAAAUUAUGGAUAUUAGUCAAGAAUUAAUAAAAAAUAAUGAGAAGAAUGGAAAAGAAAGAUUUAAUCAAAAUGCAAUGCUUAAUGUGUUACAUAAUACAAAGUUCGAAAAAGAAAAUAUUGAAUAUGAAAAAUGUUUUGAAAAAGAACUAAGUAAUAGUCAUUUUUUAGAGGAUAGAAAGAUUCUAGAAAAGAACAAAAUGGGUGAAGAUCGUACAAAAAGCGAUAAAUUACGCCCCAUAAAAGAUCGCACUGACAAAGAAAAAUACGAAAGUGAAAAAGAAAAGGUAAGGAGUAAUAAACAUGACAGAGUUGUAGAAAAAGAUCGAAAAGUCAGGGAUGAUCACAAUAAUGACAAAGUCUAUAUUGAAAAAACUGACAAGAACAACAAAGAGAGUGAAAAAUGUAAUAAAGAGAGGUGCGAUCGUGACUCUGACAAAUUAAAAUAUACAGAUGAGAAAUCAAUCCGGCACGAUCAUCAUAGAAGAGAAAAAAUUGAUAAAAGGAAGGAUUCUACUGAUGGAGAUUUAAAAGCGAAGAAAGAAGAAAAAUCGAAACACGAUAGAAAGAAAGACCCCAGUGAUAUAAAGCGUGAAUUAAAAAAAGAUGGUGAAUCUUCAAAGUCUAGAAAGUCUUCCAGAGAUGAAUCCUCAAGAGAUAUAUGCCGAAAAGAUUCAACUGAUUCAACGACUUCUAGAGCUUCUCAUGAAUCCAUUAAAUCCAAGGACACUGACACUAAUGACAUAAAAGAUGAAACCAAACCAAAGGUCAAACAUUACAUUGAAGUGAGUUGCAAACAAGAAAAUGAUAAAGAUUCAUCAACGAAGUGCCUAGAAACUAUGAAGGUAGAACCUCAUAUGAAAAAUAAAACAGAAAUUAAGGGUGAUAAAGAUGUUAUUGAACAUAUCAAAAUAAAAAGUGACGGUAAUUCUGAACAUCAAAUAAAAAUAAAAGAUAUUGAAAAACAGAGACAUUAUUCACUUGAUUCACCAAGCAUAGAAUCCAAAAGAAAAGAACGUCUUAACUCUUGUUCGAGCUUACCUUCUCACAUAGGACACAAAAGAAGAAUGUCUUCACAAGACAGCAUUGAUUCAUUAAAUGAUGAAAUAAAAAAACUGAAAAAUGAAGGCAAAAAUAUCGAUCGCAAAGAUUCAAGAAAUAAUGAAAGGCAUAAAACUACCAAGUUUAAUAAAGACCAUUUUGCUAAACUCCUAGAAAGCAAAACUAAAGACGAUAAGAAAAAUCAGGUUAAACCACCUGAUGAUACUUUUGAAACAAAAGAUUCGAAAUUAUGUACACCUAUACAGUAUGAAAAGCAAAAACUUCAUAGUAAAAGUUCCUCAACUGAAAAUGAAGAAAAAUCGCACCACUCUAAUUGCACCGAAUCACAGAAUGACAGCUUACAAAAUGACAUAGAUUUUUUGGCAACAUUAGAGCUUAGGUCGAGUGAAGAAGACGAACGGCAAAAAGCUUUAAGAAAAGAAAUGAAAGAGAAGAAACGAAUCCAACAAUUGCAACAAAUUCACGAAUUACAAUUGCAGCAAGACGCUUUACAACAAGCAGAAUUGUUAAAUAAAGUAAAAGAUGAUAAAAAAAUUAAAACCGUUGAUGAAAAGAAAAAAGAAGCAGCGCGUGACAAACGUUUGUCUACCGAUCGCAAAAGCAGAGACGAAAAAGUUGAUGUUAAUAAACGGAAAAAUAGAAAACAUGUUCAAAGCAGUGACACAUCUGAUUCAGAUGAACCUAAAAAACAUUCUAUUUUUGAUAUUAUCGAUGAUGGACCUACUUAUAUAUCAAUGUAUGAUAAAGUCAAAGCACGAUCUUGUAAAAACAUGCAGAAACAAGAAGAGGAAAAACGUCAGGAAAAAAUUAAAGCAAAGUUUAGUCAGUUAAAACAAAGCAGAGCUAAAAGAGAAGAGAAGAAAAGAUCUAGUUGGGAUGAAGAUAGUGACUCUGAUCACGAUCGGAAGAAAGGUCAAAAAGCGUCAAUGGACAGUUCUACUGAUGAGGAAGCUACAAUGUUGUAUAAUAAAAAACGUGAAAAGGACUUGUCAAGUCCUGACUAUGAUCGAAGUAAGGCAAAUGAAUAUUUUAACGUUUCCACAAAUGAAGAAGAUUUACGUAAUAAAUUGUCAAGAAAAAAUUCAAGAACACGAAUAAUGUCUGAUACAUCUGAUGAUGAUACUGCAAAACGGAGUGUUAGCAAGAGCCCUAGCUUUAUAAAUGAUAAUAAAAAGGAGUUAGAGUUAAUGAGUUCAGGAUCUUUAAAUAAAAGUAAAGAUGAUGCAUCACAUAGCAUACAAUCGUGCGAAGAUAAAAUAAAAAAGAAUUCAUUAUUGAACUUAUUCGGAAAGAGUGAUAGUGAUGACAGCAAAUUAAAAUUUAGUUUGGAAGUUGAUAAUGAAUAUAAAUCCAUAUUCAGUAAAACUGCCUCGCAUGAUUUCUCUUCAGAAAGCGAGUCUACAUUAUGUAAUCGAAAUUCAUCUGAGAUUCGUAAAAAACAUAAGAAAAAGCAAAAGAAACAUAAAACUUCAAUAUCAGAUGGGGAAAACAAAAUUGAAAAUGAAACCGAUGGACAUGAUGGAGAUAUAAGACAUAAAAUUUCUGAAAGAGUUCGUCGUCAUAGUAAUAAAAAGGAUAAACGAAAGGAUAAAAUGCGUGAUAGUGUAGAUACAGAUGAAGUUCGUGAAGAAAAAAAUAGAUUAAAAAGAGACAAGAAACUGACAAUGUCUUCGUUUGAUGUAGGUUCUGAUAACAUUUCUAAAAAGGACGGCAAAAUGGAAGACAUAUUUGGACCCCUUUCGGAUGAAUCAGAUAAAGACAAUAGAAUCCCUAUGAUAGGCAAAAAUGAAUUUCAUCAAGGUUACGAGCCACCACUUGUCAUAAAUGAACAAAUUAAUAGUGUUGAUAGCAAAAUUAAAGACAAAGAUGAAUUAAAGCGCAGAAAGGAGAAAAGACGGAAAGAAAGGAGGCUUCUUAUUAAAGACGACGAAAAUAGCAUAGACGUAGAUGCUGUUAGCAAAGCCAUUGAAGCACGCUUAUUUGCUGAAUCAAUUACUGAUGACGACAAUCGUACAGGAAUUGAAGUGUUACCAGAAUAUAUAAAGAAAAUGGAGCAACAUGAAAUAGAACGUGUUGAAGAUACUUUACUUACUGAAAAACACGGUAAUAGAGUGAAAAAAGAUUGCAGAGAGAAAAGAAAGAAAAAGAAGAAAAAUAGAGAAGAUCGUUUAAAUCGCAGAGAUCAUCAUCAUUUUUACCAUCACAAUAGAUUGAAUAAACCUGAUUCUCCAAUUGAAGUACCGAUUAUCGAAAUAUCCUCAAAGGAAUUGUUGUUAGACAUACCGUUGCCGAGUGAUACUCCAGCAAUAAGUGUAACAGACAAAAUCGAUGACAAUAAAUCACCAUCUGAAUCACCCAGCUUACCCAGAUUGAUAGAUAGUCCACCGACGAAGAUACAACAAAUUCUAGAUGUUGAAAAGUCCAAUAAGGAUUCUUUAGACGUGAGCAUGGAAAAUGAUUUUCCUGAAACAAAACGUGUAGAAGUAGAUGAUAUUCCAAUGCCACCACCUAUUGAGAGUAUUGAUAUUAGUGAAGUGCCGCUACCGGAAGAUCCUCCUGAUGAGUCCUCAACAAAAAGAGAUCAUUUUGUGUCGAAAUUUAAUGACGGUGUUGAAAAUAGUGAAAGUGCUGUUCGUAGUAUACCCAAUUUAUCGUUGGAAAAUGAAAAACAAAAUGAAAAGCUUGAAUCGUCGCUAACAUCUAAAGUUGAUAAAAAAGUGGAAGAAAAGCCGCGAGCAAUUAUAUCUCAAGAAGAAACUGAAGAUGCCGUAGCAGCACUUUUAGGAGAAAGCUUUGGUGGAAAAAUAGCAUACACGGAUUACGAACAGAUUCAAAAUAAUUCCACACAUCAAACUGAAAUUGAAAGUGUUACGACAGAAACUGACAAUAUUCCUGAAGAAGAUGCGGAAGAAAUGAGACGCGCAGUGCAAAACUUGAAUGCAAGUGAAUUAGAAAUCAAACCAGACACCCCAAUCUCUGACAACGAUCUUUUACUUAUAGAUACUGACACAGAGGAAGCCGAAGAAACCCCGCAAGACACUUUGGAUAGAUUACCUGCAAAUAUUAUCACAUCUAAUCAGUCCACAACUGUAUGUACUGAACAGUCGAAAUCGGCUGAUAUAUCCAACAUGGUAAUUACCAAACCUAAAACUACGAUAGUUCAAGUUAUAACUACUGAUGCUAACGAAACAAUUUUAAAAGUUAACGACCAAGACUCUAAAUUAUCUCAUAUUCAACGAGAAAAUGUUCAAGUUGUAACUACUACUACCACUACCACUACCACGACACCAGUUAUUACAUCAUGGACUCUAUCAAAUAAUAAGAUUAUUGAGCCUCAUGUAGUUAAUAUACAAACAAGCUCUUUGUUGGGUAGAGAUAAAAAUGAGAGUAAACAUACUCACAUCACCGCUAAUAUAGUUCAAAUAAAACCCCAAAGUCAAAAUGCCACAGGGAGUAAUAAUCUAAGGCCCAUCAUUAAUCCUAACAGGGUUAGUACACCAUAUCAAGUAAUAAAUCAUAUGAUUCGACCUCAAUCUCCGAAUAUGCAACCACCGACGAUAAAAAUUCCUGAACCACAUAUCCUGUAUCAAAAAUCAUCUGGCAUCGUAAUAUCGCCAAGGAUGCAGACUAAUGACCCUAUACUUCAAAGUCCUAAACCAAUAUCACAGGGAGAAUCAACUACUUCUCCUAGGUUAUCAAAUAUGACUAUCCUGAGUACAUCACCUCAAAAUUUGAAUUCAGUUGGAUUAGCAUCUCCUACUGCAUUACAACAAAGAUCACCAGGUCAAGUGACUGUGGUAAGGAUGCAGCAACCACCAUUGAGUCCUAUUCAAGCUAUGCAUCUUCCACACGGUGCGAGAACAAUGGUAUCGCCAAAUAUACCUAAUUCCGUUUUAGUACAAACGCAGGGUGCGCCAAUUCAUUUUAAUCGUCUGCCAGUAACGCCUGUUCUGGCGCCGAUUUCGAAGCAAUUAACUGUUAAUAAUGUAAUUCAUCCCAGUAAAGCACUUGCCGUGAAUGCUUCACCUACAAUACCACAAAAGUCAUUACCUGGAGAAAUUCGUAAAUGUGAUCAAAGAGCGGGCAUAACUAUUGACAACAGUAAUGAAAAUCCAAAAAUCAUGUCAUCUUCUACAAGUUUGCCUCAGACUUCAAAUCCAGCUAUUGUAGCACAGAAUCGCAUAAUAACCAUGCAACAUGCUGUACACGUGGGAAAUGUAAAUUCUACACUCCAUCUUGGCAAUAAAGUAUUGUUAAAUAAUCUUAAUCAGCUUAAUGAGAAAAGAGAGAACCAAAUUCAAAAAUCUGAACAGUUAAAUCAUGUACCAUUUGGAACUACUAAUAUAAUACAUGUAGCAGGAGUUAAUCCAUCAUCGACAUCUAUUAUCCAAAGUGGGAAUAAACCGGUAAUACUUCAAGAAACAAAUGCUGUAAGAAGUCAAAAUUCUAAUAUUAUACAUACCCUAAACUCUCAAAGGUUAUUGACAACUGCACCAGUUUCUAAUGUUAUCCAAAUUGAUAAAACUCCUCCAUCUGUCUUAUCCAUGGCGACAAUGAGACCACCAACUGUUCUUACCAAACUUGAUCCUUCAAAAUCGGUGGUUGUAACUACAACUUGUCUUACAAAUGUUGUCAUGACUCCAGUUUUAUUGAAAACAAGUGCAACUCCUGGUACUAUCAUACUUAGUAAAAAUGACAAAGAUACCACAGACGAUACUAUAGACCCUAAUCACAUCUCUAAAGAAACAGAAAACAAACUAGAUGAGAAACCUGACAACAAUGUGUCUGAUUUUCUUCACGAUACGAAUGAAAAAUCUAAAUCUUUUAAAAUUGCUUCUGUUGAAACAAUAGCCAAAUGUGAGACGGAUUUUGAAGAAUUGCUUAAAGAUACUACUAAUGAAAUCAAAAUUACUAAUGAUCCUGAUAAAAAAUUGGAGGUUAAUGUGGGAAAAAAAAUUACAUUAAUGAAUGUACAGAGCCGAGAAAGGAAAUUAAGUUCUGAUGGAUUAAAAAAUGAAGAUUUUGAUAAACUUAGCACGGUUUCUGCACAAUCUGUUUCAGAUAUCUCCUCGCAUAACGAUGAACAAAAUAAAACUAGGAACAAUCAAUUUGAUAAAGAAAACAGAGAAAAUUCUAUUGGAAAUGAAAAAAUAAGUGAUACUUUAUCAGAAGUCAAACCAAGUAUUCAAGUGUCUAAAGAGGAAGCAAAUAAAGACUCUUUAAUUUUCAAUGUAUCCAAUGAAGAUGAAACAGAAUUUGGGAAACCCAUCACAACUCGGGAGGAUAAUAUUUUUGCUUUAGUAGUCAAUGAGUGCAGUGAUAAUCCAUUAAAGAAUUUGGAUGAAAAUGAUUCAUGGAGUGCAAAAGAUAUAAAUAUAGACUCUGUUAUAAAAAAAGUUGACUCAUUAUGUAGUGAUAGCAAUGAAGCAACUGAGAAAAAUGAGGAUAAUAUCGAGAAUGAAGUAAGUAAUACAGAAAAUUUCAUCGAGUCGAAUCCACCCCCUAAUCAACUUUCUACUCCCGACUCUGCUAAGUCCACAGAAAUAGAAAAAGACACUCCUUUGGAAACCGGUACCGUUGAAGAUAAUUCUGGUUCUUUAAAAGUUACACAAACGGGGAAAAGAGGUGGAAGAAGUGUUAGAGGCAAAAAGUCCGAGAAGGUAGAUAGAGUUCAAACUCGUCAAAUUUCUAAACCAGCAAGAGGUGCAUCAUCAGCCAAGCGUGGAAGGGGAAGAGCGAAAGCAGAUAAGAAAGUUAAAAAUGUAAUUAAUACUAAUUCCAAUAACAUUCCUGGAGACGUGUAUGAUUUUCAUGAAGAUUCAGGAGAUGAGACAACUUCGCCAAAUAAAGCUGAAUCUCGUCCAAGAUUAAUAUUAACGAUAAAAAGUCCUCUUUCUGGACACAAUAACGCUUGUCCAACCUCAACUCUGAGCAUAACACAAAAUGAGCAUUUGAAAAGUAUUGAAAAGACUGGAAGAGAAGAAAAAGCUGAGGAUUUUAUAUCUCCUUCUCUCAAUACGCGUAAGUCAAGAAGACUGCAAGAAAAGGAUGUUCAAAAGACCAGUAUUGACGAUAAUCUCGAUGAAUUCUCGAGAAGUGCUGCUAUGAAAUCCGGGAAAAGAAGAACGACUCGACAGGGGGCUCCUAAAUCUAAUCAAGCGACAGGAUCCGAUUCCAGAAAGUCGCCAAGGGGUUUAAAGCGCACUACCAGGGAUAGAAGUCUUUCGGAUACUUCGAUGGACAGUGGCGACGAAAAGAUUGUACGUCGGGACGAAGUCAGCAAAGAACCGAAAACGCCCAGAUUAUCAGAACUCCCUAUUAACAACACAAAGUCGGAUCCUGAAUCAGCAUCGACUUCGAUGGCGCGGCCUAGUCUGCCAGCAGUCAUCCAACCCGUUGUUCAAAGUGUCGUAACUCCCACCGUCGUCCAACCUGCGGUCACUCAACCGUUAAUAGUUCAUUCUGUCGUCACUCAGUCGACACCCACGCCAAUUAUGAAGCCACCGAAGAAAAUGAUAUCGGAAAUAAGCGCCAAGCUAGCCGGCGCGUUUGAAGCUGCAGUGGUGUCGUCUGUUCGCGUACCCAUUCCUUGUGUGACACAGCAGCCCCCGGUGGCGCAGCGAGUGCAGGUGGCAGAAACCGCAACAGAGAAGUUGCCGAUGCGCGAGGCCGUUAUUGAACCACCUUUGGGCGACUACCGUGUGGUGACGGAGCCACACGGUGACGCGUUAGCGAGGCGGCUAGUGGACAACGUGCCAGGGAGUAUGAUGCCUGUUGGCGCCACUGAGGCGACAGAUGCCAGAGUGCAAUCGCCUGCCUUGCCUCACCGCCCUCCCUCCACGCAUCGACCUGCCGACCGUGCUACUCCGAUUUUGAUAAGGUUUCGUAUAUUUUUUUAUAGCUCUCAUUUGAAAAACAUGUUUUUUCAAUAAUAUUGUAAGGCGAUGCG